AUGCUGAACUCUCCAAGGGGACUGGACCUGUCGAGCUCCCCGGGCCCCGAGGACAUCUCCCAGCUGUCUUCCCCGGCGCUGUCGGGUCACGCAGCCUCCGGCGAGAAAAGCUCCGCUGGUGUUCUCGAAAAGACUGGCUAUCCCGACUCCGUGUAUGUGACGGCUGCGAACAUUUUCCAGGGUAUUCGAGUGGAAAAGUCGCCGGACAAGGUCAUAAUAAAGUACGGGAAUGAACCCCUGCGCUCCUUCUCUGAGCCCGAGGAGGAGUCCUUUCAGCGUCUGUCCUACGAGCUGGCCUUCAGCGCCCUGAAGUAUCAAGACAUUUUGGAAACUAUGUUAAUAGACAGCUAUAUCCUUCCAAGUACCACAAUACCAGAUCACUUGAACAGUCUUAUUAUUGUGAUGCUGUAUGAUUUCCAAGAUAGAAAAUUUCAAACUCGUGUCCUUUCUGAUAACGAGGAGUCUUUAUCGGAAGUUCAAGAAGUAGAGAACCUUCUUAACAGUUUUAAGACAAAGUUGGCUGCAGCGCUGGCACGAUGUAGAAUCAAGCAUGACGCCCUUUCCAUUUACCACAUUCUGCCAGAGACAGUCAGGAAGCAGGAGCUGCGGGCCUCCACGCUGCCACUCUAUGCUUGGAUAAAUACUUGUAAAAUCAGCCCUGAAGAAGUUUAUAAUAAUUUGAAGAUAAAAGGUUAUCGUAAAGUCAAAUCCAUAUUGCACAUUGAUGAUAAAGUCUUUGCCGUGGACCAACAUUGCUAUGAUGUCUUAAUUUUUCCUUCUCAUCUUAAAAAAGAUCUUGUAAAUAUAGAUCUCUUCAAAGAUUAUAAACUUAUUUUUCAGGACAAAUCUCGAAGUCUUGCUGUUCAUUCUGUAAAGGCUUUACUAAACAUGGAGGAUGAUAUCCUAAUGGUCAACACAGGUUCAUGGUACACAGUUGCCCAUAUGUCAAUCUUAACACAUAAUAAUACUUCAAAAAUAUUUGUGUGUGGAGUACGAUCACAUGCUAAGGAUCCUGACCUAAAGAAGCUUUUCACAAAAAUGGGAUGUAAAAAUAUUGAAAUACUUCAUGAUACAUUUACUAACAUUGACUCAAAGGAUCAGAGGUUACAGAAAGUUAAAGUGAUUCUGCUGCUGCCUCGUUGUUCAGGACUGGGUGUUAGUAAUCCAGUAGAAUUUAUUUUAAAUGAACAUGAAGAUACAGAUUUACUGAAAGAUCUAUCUAAAGGAGGCACAUCAAAAGAUAAACUUCAUGUUCUUGCUCAGCAGCAGUAUGAACAGCUAACACAUGCGAUGAAAUUUACUAAAGCUCAAGCAGUUGUUUAUUGCACAUGCUCAGUUUAUACAGAGGAAAAUGAAGCUGUUGUUAAGAAAGCAUUGGAAUUUCAGGACUCUGGGAUUAAAGUACAACCUUAUAGGCUCAGUCCUCCUGUGCUUCCACUGUGCUCCUUAAAGGAAAUCCAGCUGUCUACUGAUAAAUUUUUCAGAAUGGAACCAUCAGAAAUCAACAAUGGUUGUUUUCUUUCUAUUUUAACAAGAGAGCGGGACCCAACCGAGACAGUGUCUGUGAAAGACGUGUUGGCCCGAGCUGCUGCAAAGGGGCUGCUGGAGGGGAUCGACUUGGGCAAAUCAUCAAAACGGGAGAAGAAGAAGAAGAAAUCGAAAACAUCCUUGCCAAAAGCUCCCAUUAAUGACAAUAAUGGCAUCCAAAUAAAAAUUGCUGAGUUCGUGCAUCGCGAAACUAAAGCAAACACCAACCAUUCCGAGACAUUGGCAAUGAAAACCUCUCUUCCACAGAAAACUACCCCUCAGGUGGGUGCUUCCUCCCAGAUCAGAAAACCUAUCAAGCCGUGCACCCAGCCCUUGGUGCCUACAUUUCUGAAGAACACCUAUCCCUCCAGACUAUACGAACGGCAGACAAACUUUGUAAGACAUCGACCGGAAGACAAAAUGGUUGCUCUGAAACCUAUCGAGAUCGUUUUGCCUCCAGUCAUGUUGCCAUUCUCAAAUCCCGAAGGGCUCAGAGCCCGGUUCCCAGCUCAGCAUUUUUACUGUCGAUGCGUUGGACCCAAGACUGUUGUACCCGGCUACAUUUCCUCACCAUCAAUAACCAGAAGAGGAGAAAAGCCUAAAGAAAACUUACCUUCCUCCCUCCUCAGGCACCCUCGACCGUGGCUUUGACUGUCUUGCCUUUUGUACAGGGACCAAGAACAGUUGCCUUAUUGUUUCCCAAAGCCUGGUAUUUCUUG